AUGGGUAGCGUAUAUCGUGGACUCACCUUACGAUCAACAAGAGACCCGUUGUAUCUCCAGAGAACUCAAGCCAUCUCUAGUCGUAGUCUGCUUCGACAAAUUACCAACUGCGACAACCAGACCUAUAAUUUCUAUUACACAGAUGCAAGACCUUGCAUUCCUUACGCGUGCGAUUAUGCUCAUUCUGCAUUUGGAGGUCAAUUGUUGGCAGUAACAGAUGAAGACGGACGGGUAACAUUGAUUCGAACAGACAAGAGUAGUUCUGUUGAAGAUCUUGAUUUUCAUUCGACAUUCUAUGCCCAUGGAAAUACCGUAUUUGAUGUGAAAUGGAGUCCAAACGAUCAACUGCUUGCCACAGCUUCUGCAGACAAGCUGAUGAUAUUGUGGGAUGUAGAAACACAGAAACGACUGUCUUGCUUUGAAGGCCAUGAGAUGAGUCUAAAGUCUGUCAAUUGGCAUCCAGUAAAUCCAAACCUUUUGGUGACGGCCUCCAAAGACGGAUCAUUCAAUAUCUGGGAUACUAGGUUCCAGAUGAAAGGCACCCUGACUGAAGAAGGUCUAGACCUUCCGAUGUAUCGACCGAUCAAGAGUGUCAAAAACGCACAUUCAAAUCAACCUCGCAAGCAAAAAAAGCAACGUACCUUAUCUAAACGACGCACGCCGGAUCGUCCAGUAACAUCUGCAUUGUUUGUCAGAGACGGUGAAGAACAAAUUGUAUCAUCCGGAAGCUAUGAUGGAACGAUCAAAUUAUGGGAUUGUCGGGCUGGAAGGGAUGCCAGUCCAUUAGAAGAAACCACGUCCGGUGGUGUACGUGGAAUUAGCGACAUGAAGAUCAAUUCUUCAGGAACAAGCCUGUUUAGUAUCUGCAUGGAUCAGAGUGUAUACAUGCACCACCUCAAUAAUCUGUCUGGCCUGGCUCGGCGCUACACUGACCCUGAUUUCCGGACAACCUCGUUUUACAUCAAAAUGUCUAUUUCGCACGAUGAUCGGUUCAUUCUUUCGGGAUCAAGUACAAACUCUAUCUUUGCAUGGGAAAUCGAUUGUCCCAAGCAAAAGGCAUAUCAGUUCAAGGGUCAUUCUCAUGAAGUCUCGUCUGUAGCAUGGUCAAAAACCUCCACAAAACAGUUUGCCAGUUGUUCGGAUGACUCAAGCGUAAGGUUAUGGAAUGAGACCUUUGAACGGAUAAACGAUCGGUAA